AUGAACUCCGAAGAUUCCGAGCUUGUCCACACACAUGCAAAAAUGGCCUCGAGCAUCGAGCAAAUCGUACCGCCAAUAUUCAGCACAAUGGCCCAAAUUGGGCCUGGAGUAUACAUCAGGGACUUUCCUCAGACCUUGGAGAAGCGCGACAAGUCCCCAACAAUCGUUCUCUUCUUCUGGAUGAAUGCGACACACCGCCCUGCAGGCAAAUAUAUAGCCCAGUACACGCAGAUAGCGCCUACCGCGAGGAUGAUUUCAAUUUUCACAUCCGCUUCGGACUUCUUCAUUCGAAAUUCAGACGUUGCGCAGAAACGCCGGAUUGCUCCCGUGCUGAAUGCGAUUUUGUCUACUGGUGGCUCAGGAAUUGGUACAGACAGCACCGGUGAACAUCUAUAUAUUCAUACUUUCUCCAACGGUGGAUCCACGACGCUACGACACCUGGCUGCUUCAUACCGAGCCACCACGGGUAAACCGUUACCCGUGAAGGCGCUGCUUAUUGACAGCGCUCCCGGAAAAACCUCCAUAUCGAAAGCUGUCCAAGCACUUUCGUACAGUUUUCCCAAGUUCUUCCUGUGGAGGGCUCUGUUGUCUGCGACUGUUUGGACUUGGUUACUUGUUUUGACUACUCUGGGGAAAUUAUUGAGGAAGAAACAUCCUUCCUUCCUCUUGAGGGAAGGGUUGAACGAUUCGAAGCUGAUUGAUGGAGGAGCGGAGAGGUGCUAUGUCUAUUCAAAAGAGGACGAGUUGAUUCAUUGGAGAGAUGUAGAAGAGCAUGCAGAGGACGCACGUGCCAAAGGGUGGAAUGUUUCAAGGGAGAUGUUUGAGAAGUCGCCCCAUGUGAGUCAUAUGAGGACGGAUCCCCAGAGGUAUUGGAGAAUUGUUGGGAGGUUGUUGAAGAUCGCUAUGGGUUAA